CCUUUCUCGCUAUAAAUACGUACAGUAGUUGCUUAAACCGACCACAACAUAAAUCUUAAUCUUAGCUAGCUUGUCUUAGCUGAUCUAUCUAUCUAUCCUCCAAACAAGGCAGCGCACGUACGUACGUUAUUCAAUAUGACAGUGAUGAUGAUGAAGAGAAGUCGAAAGGAAGUUGCCGCGGACGCGGAGGUGCUCGCCAUGGCAAACUGUCUCGAUCUUCUCUCCCGUCCCGGAGCCGCCGUCAACGCGGCGGCUUCGUUGGAGUUCGGGUGCAGGACCUGCACAAAGAGGUUCCAGUCGUUCCAGGCUCUGGGCGGCCACAUGGCGAGCCACAAGAGGAUCAAGACCAUGAAAAGGGAAGGGAGCGAGAGAAAAGGCCAUAAAUGUGUUGUUUGUGGUUUGGUGUUUGGCUUGGGUCAGGCCUUGGGUGGUCACAUGAGAAAACAUCGCACCGACCUAUUACAGGUUAAUACUGCCAAAAUAUCCAAAAGAGAUGAAAAGGAAGAAUACAUGGAUGGGGUUUAUAGUAAAAUGGACGAUGAAAGAGCGGUUAUGUUUGAUUUGAAUUUGAAUCCUCAGCGAGAUUGGAUGGCACCAGGAGAGGAAGCUGCUGAUUUUCCUAGGACAACUUUGAAUUUGUUCAUAUAGUUAGUUUAUGGCCUCGAUCAAUAUUUUUCUUUAAUUUCUUAAUAAUUAUCUGUAAAUUAUUUGUAGUAUAUAGAGUAAUAUAUACGAGUAGAUUAGAAGUGUAGUUUUUCUAUAACAAUAAUAACCAUCACAUAUACUACCCUCGUUCUUAAAUAAAUGCAACACUUUGACUUUUACACUAUUCACAUGUUUUACUUUGAC